ACUACCAUCACGCUGAAUGCAUCAAUUCCAUAAAGAAUGCUGAGCAGUACUUUUACACCGCCUCAUCAUCCUUAGACUUCAUACCCCGUCCAUGAACCUCUAUCAGACGAGCUAUGAGGUACUUAACAGUACCUACACUAAUGAGUCGGGGCAAGUCAUUUAUAAAGUCUCGACUCCGCUCAAGCUCUCCGGGCGGGUCACGACCAUCUCACGUAUCGUACCAUCAGAUUACGAGCCGUCUCGCGUAGAAGAAACAGCCAGCUACGAAGUCGGCAGCGUUCGGGAACGCAAUCCUGCACAGUCGGACGGUGAUGGGACCAGGGAACCAGAAGUGGACUUCAGAGAUCGGUUUGUACUACUAGGAUGCAUUGAGUGGAAGCGGUUGGCUUCCUCUGUGAUGCGAUACGAUGGGAAGGAGGUCAAGGCGACUACGUACCUGAAGAAGGAGGGCUGGGGUUGGUAUGGAAGACACCGUGUAUUCAAGGGUCCUGAUAGCAAAGAGUAUAAAUGGAUACUGGGUCUCCGUGUUCCCCAACUGGUCCUCAACGAUGGGUCGGAAACCCUUAUCGCCAAGUACCACACAAGAAAGUGUGGUCUAUUAAGUCCUGGCGAUGCAAGACCAGCUUAUCUGGAAAUAUGUCCUGGAGGAGAGCAUAUGGUAGAUAUCAUCUUCUUUACCUUCAUAUACAUCGAGGAACUCCGCGAAGAGAAAGAGAACGGCUCGUAAUAGUGCGGUUGUACUAGGAGGAUAAGGAUUGGGCAUGCGACUGUCACUGACUACGAUACAAGAAUCUAAUCUACUUUUCUUGAAC